AUGACCCAGACCGACCCUGGGUGGACUUCGACCAAGAAAUCGACGUCAGUAGGAAAAUUGCGACUUGAGACCGAGUCACUUUCAAGAUGGCAAUCACUGCAAAGGAACGCCUUCCAAGGGUCGCCUAUGACAGAAGAGGCAAGACUGAACGGUGCAAAGCCGGAGAAAAGGGACACUGUUAUGGCCCACGUCUAUGUCGAAAUGCUUGCUCGGAGGUACAGCGGCUACGGUCCCAGCACGUUGUCGCAGGCUCUAACGAGACGCUUCUACUGGUUGAACCCGCAGGAGAUCCAUCAAUACUGUACUGGAAUGAUCUCAUAA